UAUCAAUUAACAAUCUAGAAUUGGUAAUCCGUAUAAAACAACGUACAAUUUACUGUAUCUAUAAUCUAUGUCUAUCGCCGCCAUAUUAUUUACUCGUCGUUGUUCGUAAUUCGUAUGCUGUACAUUUCGGAUCGUCAUUUUCCUUUUCAUCGCGGUGUGCGUCAUUCGUCGUUCUCGACUUUUGUUUCGCGUCCCGUUCUGUGUAAACAACACAAACCACGCCAUCAUUUUGCAAUUCUUCCGAGUCCUGUGUCGUCGGAUACCGAUUACCGAUUAUUUUCAUCGUGCAGCCGUCGCCGACGUAGUUCGUUAUUAGAUACAGUCAAAAUUAUUUGUUUUGGCGUCGCUCGUCGGCCAUCGCUCUUGUACUUUUUGUUUCGACUUUCGAGUACCGUUCUGUUUAAACAACAAACAACGCGUAGACGACAUCUUUUUUCAAUUUUUUUUUUUGUUAUUGUUUUUCAAUUUAAACUUAACAGUUUUAAAAUUUAUAUUGAUACGAAGUUGACAAGUGAAGGUAACGCGCGGGUAUGAGUACAAGUAUUGCGAGUUGCGACUACAAUCCAUAUUAUUCUUUUAUUCAAAUAUUGAUGACUGAUGAGUGGCUGAGUUUUCGACAAGUGGAUACCUAAUUGUCACCGUCUCAAGAGUCAAGACUUAUUAUACCUAUCAAGUUUUCAGUUGACACCGAGGGGCUGUUGAGGACCUACCAAUUUCAGUUAUAUAUGUUGUAGUAUUGUUCUUGGGGCUGAAGGCACAUUAUCUUUCAAAAGGAAACUUACAUUUGGAGUUGAUAAUUUAAAAAAAAAAAGCUAAUCCACUGAAAAAUAUUAGUCGUCAUAUAGGUUCUCUCAAAAGUCCAGAUGCUGAAAAAUCUACAUUGUUAAAAAGAAACAAUUUUGAUGAAAAAAACCACACAGAGAUCAUCAUCCUCGCAUCUUAUGAUUAAUUCAGAUGACGGGACUGAAAACACAUCAUUUACUUUUAAAAGGAAAGUUACAUUUGGAGAUAAUAAUUCUAAGAAAAAAGCCUAUCAACAAGAAAAUAUUAGACAUGCUGAAAAAUCUACAUUGUUAAAAAGCAAUAGUUUUGAUGACAAAAACCACACGCAGACAUCAUUAUUGUCACCUGUUAUGAUUAGUUCAGAUAUUGGCGAUGCUGAAAAAUCUCUAUUGUUGAAAAGAAACUGUUAUGAUGAAAGUAACAAUACACAGACAUCAUUAUUCUCGCCUGCUAUGAUUAAUUCAGAUAAUGAUGAGGCUGAAGAGACAUCAUUUUUUAGCAGAAAACUUAAAUUUAAAACUGAUAAUUCUAAAGAAAGAAGAAAUCAUAUGGAAAAUAUUAGAUACAUAAGUCCUCGGAAUAGCCCUGAUUUUUCUAACAAUGAAGUUCCUUUUGAUCUGGAGGAAUCCACUGGAAGAAAAUCAUUUUCAUUAUGUGAAGAUCAUGAUGCGAUUAAUGAUAAAGAGUUCAAAAAACAAAUCGUAAGACAUAUUAUGUAUUUCAAAGUAGAGCUGAAACAUAUUACAAACACACUAACAAAUAAUCACUAUGAAUUGUUAGAGAGAGUACAAUCAAUUGAAAAGUUUCUGGAGGAUAAACCAACUAAAUUUUAUGAACAAACAAAUGUAGACAUAAACUGUAUGUCAGAUUGCUCUAUACCAAUAGAUAAUGUGGUGGAUUUAAACACUUUAAAGGACAAAACUUUGGGCGAUCAAGAAUUCAAAAAAGCUUUGAUAAAUGAAUUAUCACAUGUUGGAGGGAAAAAUGUAAAAACGGCCGUGAAAAGAAUCAUGUCAAAACUAUUUACAAAUUGUUUUCUUGCGGACUAUUCAUUUACUGGUAAAAAGGGGAAAAAGAAGUUUUGCGAUUUGUUUAUAUUUCCAAUUAUUUUAAAAUCCAUAAAAAAACAAGUAAAAUUCAAAAGUGCAAGUGAUCAUGAAAUAGAAGAACCGUUAAAAAUAUAUUUGGCUCAAGCACCCUUCGCAGACAAACGUUCAAAAACUCUUAAAAUAUAAUUAAACUAUGAUUAAUAUGUAACACUUUUUUUUCUAAAACUAAAUAAAUUUUCUUUUUUAACUAUUUUUCGCAGUCUAAGAAAAUGAUCUAAGAGUUAGUUAAGACUCAUAAGAUUCAAUUAACUUUUUAUUAUAUAAUAUAAAUAAAUAUUUAAUAUUAAUAUCUCUGACUUCAACAAACAAAUAAAUAAUGUUUUUAUCAAUUGUAAUGUUUUUUUUUAUUUGGUUUUGUAUAGGUAUAUAUGAAAGCGUGUGUGGAUGUUUUUACUUUCAUACAUUAUUAGUGUACUUAUAUUUUGUUUAUUAAAAAAGUAACUAUUGCUAUUUUUAUGAGGAUCAUUGCGGUCAAGACAAUUUAAGCGGAACAAUUGAUCACUGAACGUCUGAACCAUAAUUUUAAAAACUAAAUAAAAUGGUUGAGUAAUAUGAAUAAAUCAAAAUAUAAUAUAAAUAUAUAUAGCUGCAGUAUAUCACAAUAGUGUUAG